AUGGCAAGCGACGCCCCGUUGCUGUCACCACGUGCGCUGGGGGACCGACCCGCGCGAGCGGAUGCUGCAGGAGGCAAGAAGAGCGGGAGGGCAAGGCCGUCGUCGUCUCCCCUCCGUCCCGCUCUUUCGGUGCCUGUUCCAGACGAGGGCGCGGACCCAGGACCCGGGAAGAGUGUGGCGUCAGCGGAACAAGAAGAGCGACGGGAGAAACUCGAUAUCGGCAGCGGCCUUCCGUCUUCGCGCGCCUCUGCGUUGAAACAGACGGCGGAGCCAUCUGAGUUGUCCAACUCGUUGGUGGAGGGGCUGGCUCACUUUUCCUCUUCGUCUCUGCCGUCUUCCGCUUACACGUUCAGCUCAUGCACGGCGUUGUCUUCGAAUAUUCUGCCAGAUUCCGUGCUGCAGCAGGACCCCUUUUCCGCUGAAAUAGACGACGCUGUUCACGUCGGCGCGGCUGAAGCGAGGGAAGCGAGGGGGGAAGUGGUAGAGGGCGGCGAUGUGCGCUGCAGAGGCGCGAGGGAUCGGGCAUCAGAAGCGGAAGGUGAGGCUGAGCGCCGAAUGCCUGAGAAGCCGACAGAAAGCUUCGAGGUUUACGAGUCGGCCGCGAGCACGAAUGUUGUUGACUCGUCAGGCGGAUAUGGUAGCAGUACCGGCGUCGCCACGCACAGCAGGGGCUCGGUCAAAGAGGGCGCAGUCGAGGGUGAGCGCGACAAAGCUUGUGGUCGGGCGGCGGAACAAGUAGACACCGCCAUCGAAGAAGACAGCGAGGACACAGAGGUCGGGAUACAGGCGGUCGCGACUCCUUCAUCUUCGGCUUCAGCUGGAAGUGCAGGAGCGAUGGGGUGCGCGUGUGCCAUCGAUGAACAGACACAAGGCCGUCGGCGGCAAUCCAGGCAAGGGGAAGGGCCGGGUCGCCUCCUCGAUCACCCGGAAGCGAAGAGGGAACUCGCACACGCUGGCGACUGGAGAGGUGAAGGCGACAGUCAGGAUGGUGCGACUCGGAAUCUGGUGACGGGACUGCGGGCCCCCGAGCGAGCCGAGUUCAGUCUGAACGCCAUGAAGACGAACAUUUUUGUCUUCCAAAUUCCUGUGUUUUGGACAGAAGACGAUCUCCGACAGCACUUCUGCGAGUGGGGAACAAUAACGAGCGUCCGCGUGGAACGCAAGAGCGACGGUCGAAAUCUUGGAUAUGGCUUCGUCUGCUUCGCUGACUCGGAGAGUGCACAGCGGGCUGUGAACGAGAUGGACGGGCGCGUUAUUCAAGGCAAGAAACUGCAGGUCUCUUUGAAGAAGCCGCGGCAGCCGGAUGCGUCGGUUGUUUUUACGGGAGACGAAUCGGGGUGCGCGCCGCAGUUUGGUCCGUCCCAUGGAAGACACGGUUCCGGAAAUGAAGGCGUGAGACUCAGGAAGGCGAACUUAGAAGACGGUGAUGCGGACGUUUCGAAAGAUGAGCAGAUGGGCAUCCAGCCAGGCCGAGGACGGGCAGGUGGACCCCACGAUUCGAGGGCAAAGGGGAACGUUAGGUGCUCGCUAUUUGUGUUUCACGUACCGCCGAAUUGGGGCGAUGAACAGCUGCAGAAGUACUUCGAGCUGUAUGGGCGCUGUGCCGGAGCCGUGGUUGUCCGCCGUUGGGACGGCACCAGCAAAGGCUACGGAUUCGUCGAUUUUGAAGACGCUGAAUCCGCUCUCCGCGCGCUGCAGGAGGCGAACCAAGCUGCGGUCGAGGGCAAGCGCCUCAAGGUGCUGCUGAAGACAGACCCGAAGAAACGUCCGACGAGUGGCUGCGGACCCAGCGCGGCUCCGCCUGGCGCAGGCAGAGCACAGGGAGCACACCGAGGCGAAGGCGUCGCGCACCCUUCCCAUGCUUCGCGUGCAAGGCACGGGCGGGGAUGGAGCGCCAGUCGGCCUGGUUUCUCCUCAGCGCAGGAACGGGGCGAAGCGCUGCGAGACGACGGAUUCGCGGAUCGACGGGGACCCCACAGGGGGGUCCAAGAAGCCAACGGCUUUCAUCGAGUGGAGAGAGGCACGGACGGCGAACAGACCGGAGGCGCAAAGCGCGACAGGGGCGACCCCCGCGAGCAUCCGCCGUCGAGUUCUCCGCGUGCGCAAGCGGUCUUGCCGGUGACGGAGUCUUCUGCACACUCGGCGCCUGCGAGGCCUCUGUCGCGGUUCGCCCAAGAUGUUGCAGUCCCACACAGACACACGCGGGAUCCGUGCCAGCGUCAGGAUUGGCAAAGCCCUUGCAUGCAAACGGGAGGGGCGAGCGACCCCCGGUCAAGUGAGCGAGGCACCUGUGGUGUUUCUGAAGUGGCUCUUGCGGCCUCAUGCCGCAGCCGACCCCUCGCAGAGGACGCGCGGGCAGUGGAGGAAGCCGCCGCGGGCCUAGAUCUUCUGGGAGCUGCCGACGAGAAAGACAGAAGUCGUCAGGGGCGAGGAGUUGUCUCAUCGCGAGAGGAAGGCGGCAGCAGUCCCCACGCAGGGCGCAGAUGUUCAUUCGAGGGUGAACGCAGAGACAAGGUGGAAGCAUGCGCUGGUGACACGGGGAAGCGACAACUCCUGUCGCCUUGCGCCCCUGGGAAUACUGCGGGAGUGUGCACAGAAAUGCGCGGAGGCCGGAGCAGGGGCAACGGCGAGUCGAGCCUCUCACGAGGCAAACGAGGAGACAGAGGCUCCGGCGAUCGAUAUGGCAAGCCCGAAUGCACAGUCUUCAUUUUUCACGUGCCUCCGGAAUGGAACGAUAGGGACCUCAGAAGGCAUUUUCGCCAUUUUGGACACAUCCAUACUGCGACGGUUCAGCGGGAUAAGGGCGACGGGCAGAGCCGUGGAUUCGGCUUCAUCACCUUUGGGUCACCUGCUGCUGCGCUCAACGCGGUCGCCGGAAUGAACGGGUUCCAUACAGGAAACAAAUAUUUGAAGGUCAUGUUGAAGAGCACGGAUAAGCGUGACAACAAAGGAGGCAGCGAAGAGGGAACUCAGCGAGAUACAGACGGAGAAAAGCGAAGGGAGCGUGGCGGAGACGGGGCCAGUUUGGGAAGGCGCGCAGGGUACAGCUCCAAUAGAGGCGCCCCCGUGACGGGCCGGCCGAACUCCAGGGAGAGGCGAAGGGGCGACAGAGGAGACCCAGGAGGAUGCGGCGCGCCUUUGUCUGCUUUAGCCGUGGAGCGAGCGACUGCGGGACGGCAGGGCGGAGCCCGUCCCUCAGGCGGAGGUUGUGGAGGCGGUAGCGCUGCGCCACGCCGCCAAGAUGGACGGGAGCGGCCGCGCGGAGACGUUUCACAGCCGUGUUCCAGUCCUCGCUCUUCGGCGGCGCAGCAUCGAAUGCAGACUGAUUCGCGGUCCGUGGAGCCGGCUGGAACGACGGGUUUCGCCUCUGCCUCAUGUUCCUCCUCGUCAGCCUGUUACGGGUCCGCCCCGAGGGCGCCGCCGGAAACUGUGCUGUACUCGCAGGCACUGGUGUCGCCAGUUCAGAUGCCCCCGGAAGGCGCAAGCCAAGCGCGGGAGAGGGGCGAGGCGGACGAAGGGCAACGCGGCGUGAUCCCAUCGUCUUCUUCCUCGUCGGCGCCCUUACCGCCCUUCGCAGGGGGUGCCACUGCUACCGCUUCGGGCAGCCGAGGGGGCAGAAGUGUUCGCCUAGUUUGCGGAGGAACUCCCGAGGCUUUCCCCCGUUUGCACACGGCAGAAGGAGACAGGGCGACGCAGCUCGCGCCCGGGGCAGAGACAUCCGGUGGUGGCGCUGGAGGCGUCGUUCUUCGUGCCGUAUCCGAUCCCGCGCCCCGUGCGUCCCGUAGUGCCUCUGGCUCGUCCAGUUCCGGCAGUCUCACGGGGCUGCAGGCGCCUCCACUCCACCGAGCACAGGCUUCGCUGAGAGGGACGCCGCCUCCACCUUUGCACCAGAGGCAGCAGAUGAGUGUGGGGAAAACGGGUCUCGUCCCUCGGGGUCAGGGCGGCUCUUCUUCGUCUUCGCCAGCCUUUGCCACAAGUGAAGGGGCCUUCCUGCAGUAUCGCCACUAUGACCACCAGCACCAUCUUGGCUCUUCUUCCGCAACUCCCGGUUCGUUUCAUGGCUCUCCAGUGCUCCCGAACACGAGUUCUCAAGAUUAA